CACAGCGGUGUGGCCGGAGUGGUGUGUGUUUCCUGGCUCAUUGUGAAGUGGGCCAUUCAGGCCAAGGGGCCAAAUGGGGCAGGAAGUGUGAGCCUGCCCCCCAUCUACCCCAACAUCCCCCUCUUUACUUCAGCAUGAGGAACAUUUCUCGCCUUCUCCUGCCACAUCCUGUUAGCAACACCAGCUUCGUUAUCCUUCUAGCUCUGUCAUGAGCUUUUAAAUGUUUUAUUAGAGAGCGAGAGAGAGACCCUUCGACCCUUACUGGAUUAAAUGGCUUUUUGUAAAGUCAGGGAAAUGUUGGAAACCUGUGGCUGAUUAACGGGUUAACGAUAUGGAGACCUCAUCACCACGGCGCCGCCGCCGUUACCAUGACGGUUCCGUGACUCGGCGACGGCACCGCGGUUACGAGAUGGAGGCAAAGGAGGCAUGUGAUUGGCUGAGAGCAGCAGGGUUCCCUCAGUAUGUGCAGCUUUAUGAAGCCUCUCUCUUCCCCAUCGAUAUCUCCUCGGUCAGGAGGGAUCAUGAGUUUUUGGAUCAUGACUCAGUGCGAGCAUUAUGCAGGAGAUUGACAACUUUGAACAAAUGCGCUGCUAUGAGUCUGGAAGUUCACUUCUGCUGCAAACAGAGCGAGGAUUCCGAGGAGGAUGAUGCGUGUGCGCUGAGCUCCCGAUGGGCGUUUCAGCGUGACAGUAAAACAUGGUCCCGCCUCCAGACCCACAGUGAUGCCGUCACGACCCUGCGGCCAUCAGCAAGCAGCGACAGCGUCCUGAGUGAUGUGACCUCGUUGACCUCUGACCUCAGCCUCAGCAGCUUGAGCCUGGACGUUGCCCGGGAAACCACCUCUCCGGAGGUCACGACCUGUAGUGAGGCCACAGAAUGCGACGGCGACGACUCCUCUUCUCCGCCUCGUUCUGUCCGAGAAAAAGUGAAGCGUUCUUCCAGGCUCUUUUUGCGAAGGAUGGAGUCUCUGCGGCGACAGAAGGAGGCGGUUGCUCGGGGGGUUUCUACGGAAACGCAUCCCCAGGAGAUGGAGUUACGUCCAGAACUUGGCUUGCCAAAAAGGACUGCGAAAGAAUUCGGUGCCGCAGUGGAUGCGGGAUGGAAGUCUUUUAUGAGGCAGCGUAGCGGUGUCGACCAAUCAGCAGCUGAUGUCAAGCCUCAGAGGGCAUGUCUUUAUCUCGAGGACUACCAGUUAGCAUGGGAGCGGUCCAAACUGACCAAUCAGAGGAGCCUCCCGGGAAUAGUAGGGCAGCUUGUUCAUCUUCCUUCAGAUCACAAACCUGGAACGUUCCCCAAGUCGCUGUCCAUCGAGAGCCUUUGUCCAACUUCUUUCUCUCAGCGCAGCGACCAGAUUGGCUGGCCAGGAGAGGACGGAGAGUUCUCAUUGGAUGGCACCAGCAGCUGCCUCAGCGAAUCGCAGGAUUUUGUUUCGCCUACACUGGGGAAACGUCAAAACUCGGUGGAGUCAAUAAGCUCGGUUUACGACAAUGUCCCAGAUGCUUUCGAGGAUUCUUCAGAAGUUCCGGAAGUUUGCGUUCAGAGCUCAAAGGAAGCGUUCGAGCAUCUGGACGCCAUUUUGCAACGCAUCCAUGGACUGCAGGACAACAUCAACGAGUGGUCUAACGCGCUGGGACGACAGCUGGGCGAGAGUGAAUCGAUGACGGAAACUACGUUACCCAGCAUGCUUCAGGAUGAGGAGCGCUCGGAUUACGAGAGCGCCGGAAAUUCACUGAACGAUGCAGACGGAGACAUGAGGGAGAGGAGGGACUCGGGGGUCGGGGCGUCUCUCACUCGGCCCAGCAGGAAGCUGCGAUGGCACAGUUUUCAGAAUUCUCAUCGGCCGAGUGUGAGCUCAGCGUCGCAGGAGAUUAACCGCCAGUCAGCGGUGCAGCUGAACCUGCUGCAGAAAUACAGCCUGCUGAGACUCACAGCCAUCCUGGAGAAACACUGCGACACGGGCAAACACGGCCGGAGCUGGACAGUGCCUAAGUUCAUGAAACGUUCUAAAGUUCCUGAUUACAAAGAAAAGCGGGUGUUUGGGGUUCCACCAAUCUUCAACGUCCAGCGCACCGGUCAGCCCCUCCCCCAGAGCAUCCAGCAGGCCAUGAGGUACCUCCGGAGCCAGUGUCUUGAGAAGGUGGGAAUAUUCCGGAAGUCUGGAGUGAAAUCCCGCAUUCAGGCCCUCAGGCAACUGAACGAGAAUUCCCCAGAUCAUGUGACCUAUCAGGGCCAAUCAGCUUAUGACGUUGCUGACCUGCUGAAGCAGUACUUCAGAGAUCUGCCAGAACCCAUCCUCACCUCCAAACUCACACACACCUUCCUGCACAUUUAUCAGUUUGUUCCUCAGCAGCAGAGGCUCCAGGCGGUGCAGUGUGCCGUGUUCCUCCUGCCUGAUGAGAACCGGGAGGUUCUCCAGACGCUGCUCUACUUCCUCAGUGACAUCAGCACGGCGGAGGAGAACCAGAUGACGGCACACACACUGGCUGUGUGUCUCGCUCCAUCCAUCCUGCACCUUAACACCUCCAAACGAGACACAGCUUCACACGGGCUGAUUAGUAAAAGGGGCAGAGCCAAACCAGACCACAAGGACCUGAGUGAGAACACUGCAGCCACUGAGUGCCUGAGUCACAUGAUCACAGAGUGUAAAAAGCUGUUUCAGAUUCCUCAGGAGCUGAUGAUGCAGGCGUGCAGCUCAUACGUGUUGGCAGAUGCUCAGCCGCUGCCUCUGCACGCGCUCGGCGUGAACAGACAAGGCGAGAGAGUGGACUAUCGCAUCUACCUGGAGGAUAACGUGCAGUGUUUACUGAGAGACACAGCAGAGAAGGGCAAGGGGUGGCACAGCGCAGCGGGACCGCCACACACUGAACUCGCCUACAAGAAGGUUGGUGAUGGGCACCCGAUUCGCCUGUGGCGCGUUUCUGUGGAGAUCGAGGCCCCACCCACUGUGGUUUUGCACCGUGUGCUGAGGGAGCGCCACCUGUGGGACGAGGAUCUGCUGCACAGCCGCGUAAUGGAGAAUCUGGAGAAUAACACGGAGGUGUUUCAUUACAUCACCGACAGCAUGGCGCCUCACCCACGACGAGACUUCGUAGUGCUCCGACGUUGGUGCACAGAUCUCCCUCGGGGGGGGUGUAUCCUCAUCUCCUCCUCUGUCGAUCACGGCAACGUGCAGCUGGAGGCGGGGCUAAGAGCAGUGCUGCUGACUUCACGUAUUAUGAUUGAGCCAUGCGGAAAGGGGCGAAGCCGACUAACACAUUACUGCAGAGCAGAUCUACGGGGGCGCUCUCCUGACUGGUAUAAUAAAGUGUUUGGUCACCUGUGUGCCACGGAGGUUGCUAGGAUACGUGGCUCGUUCCCUGUUCUGACAGCGAGUGGACCCGAGACCAAACUCUGAGUCUGAGGGAGUGAGAGAACAAAACCAGGACAAGGCCGCGGUUCACAGUGGAAGGACUUCAUCUGAUCCGACACCAGAUCAGAACAAAUCUGAUCGCCAAAGCUUGACCCAAACCACACGACUCGGAUUAGACGCUGUACACCGGAUCAGACAAGUAAUCAUGAUGCCAAAAAUGAUUAGAAAAUAUCAAACCGGACUGGUUUUAGAUUAGACCUAAUCCAAUUAGGUCCUAUUAAACCAGAUUAGACACAACCAGUAGUUUUUAAAUGAAUACAUCAUAAACAGUCCAGAUGUGCACUCACAUACACUACAGUAUCAUGCAAGCAGAUCAGAUUUAGAUUGGAUCAAACCAAAAUUUGACCUGAUUCAAUCAAAUCAGGUUGAGGGAGCUUGAAACAGACAAGAUUGGACAUGAUCAAAACAAAGUAGAGAACCUGACCUGCUCAAAUUGGACUAGAUCUGAUUUGUUUCAAAAACACUGGUCCAGAUCAGAGAUCAAAUGAGAUCAGACCGAACCACAUCGGCACAGAGCAGACCGACACAUUGGACGAGAAUAAUAAAAGAUCAGAUCAAAGGAGAAUUGAUGAGAUCAAACAAGAUCAGACCUAAUUGGCUCAGGAAACAUUAAACCAGAGAUGAUCUUAGAUGAUGCCAAACUGUAAAUGAAUUAGAUUAGAAAAAAAUUUAGAAAACACCAUGUUCAAAUCCACAUGUUUUUCGAGAGCAGAACAUAUCAAAGAUUAGACCAGAUCAGACCUGAUCAAUCAAACUCAUCAGAUAUGAGAUGAAGACCGAAUCAAACAAUACUAAACCAGAUCGGGGGGAAAAACAGUUUGGAAGAAUGCGACACACAACACUAGAUCAGAUGUGAUCAGAUCAAAAUGGAUUAGAAAUAUUUGGAUCGUUUAACACUGAACCAAAUUAGACAAGGUCCAAUCAAAUCAGAGUCGACCUGAUCAGACCUAAUUAGAUCAAAGAUCAGAGCAUCCUAACCAAAGAACGGACCAGAUCUGGACACAUCAGAUCAGACCGGGUUACAUAACACUAGAUCAGAUCGGACAAGAUCAGUGCAAAUUCCUCCACGUUAGUUUAGUUUGUGUCUCUGAACUGUCGAGUCUGAAACUCUGAGGAGGAACGUUCACUCGGCUCACAGGCCCAAACUGGAGCAGCCAAUCACAAGUCAGACAUGUAAAUAUGUAAAUGAGCAGAUGAUUUGAAUAUCAAAGCUAUCAGAAAUCGCACCAGGGGCGGAAGCUGGCCCAGAUCCAUCACUGCCGCGUGUGUGUGUGUGUGUGUUCGCACUGAUUUAUCAGCAGUAUUUCUCUCAGGUGUUGUGUAAUGAGAUGUUUUGUAUUUAUGGCUGUAACAUAAUGCUUUAAUUAAUUCAUUCAUUCACUUCAGUUAUCUCGUGUGUGUGUGUGUGUGUGUGCUCGCGCACCAUUAUAUGCUAUGUGUGCCUUGAAUUGAGCUGAGAUCUCGGUAUAAUUUAUUUCUGUUAUUUGUAUGUUUUGAUUUCUUUAUUUUCAUUUUUAAAAAAAAGAAAUUAACAUUCAGAGGAGUAAAAAAUUACAAGGUGUCUGAAUUUUUCUCGUUGCUCACGAGAUUGACUGACUUUUUUUUUUACUUUUUCUGACUCGGCAUUGUGUUUGCUGAGAAGAUUAAUAAAUACUUUUUCAGAGCAAA